AUGCGCAACCAAGCGGUCGAGAUCGACGAGAUUGGUUCGAACCACAUCGCGCUUCCUCUGGAAACCUUCUGGAUCCUGUCGCCCAACGGGAAACAACUCGAGAUCCCGCAUGACCCUCCUCUGGCCAAUCAGAUCUGUCGACAGACGGUGGAGGGAAUGGAUUUCUUACACUCGAGAGGCAUCUGUCACGGGGACUUCCGGCCACAGAAUAUCCUGAUGAGGCUUAAAGGUGCUGGCCUCAAUCAUAUCGGACGGGACAAGAUGUACGACAUGCUAGAAAAGCCCGGCAUGGCUGAAGUUCUCACAGGAGAUGGCAAGCACAGCCUCAACGCACCGCGGCAUCUGGUCUCGGGCAUCAAGUAG